AUGAGCGACAGGACUAGCAACCUGCCGGACUCGUUGCUUCUCCAUAUUUUGUCUUCUAAAUCUCUUCAAACCAACGAUGUCGUUGCGACAUCCCUCUUGUCAAAGAGAUGGAGAUCUCUUUGGUACUCCAUUCCCAAGCUUGAGUUUCACGAUGCACUCUCAUGUAGUUAUGAAUCCUUUCUUCAAUUUAUAGACGCUACCCUCAUCUUGGUGGAUCUGAAAUCUGUCAAAAUGUUCUCUCUUCUGUGUGACUCUCAUGAUCUGCCCCCUCAUAAGGUUGACAUUUGGGUUAACGCUGUGCUCAAGAGCAAACUUGAGUAUCUGAAUUUAUGGUUUAACAGUGAAUUUGGUUCUGCCUUGCAUAUGUUGUCCGUUGAGUUCUCGGAUGCUGAAAGUUUAGAAAUGCUUCUUUCUGAAUGUGUUCGUCUUCAAGAAUUACUGCUACUGGAUGUGGAUUUACCUGAUUAUGAGGAUACGAAGCUGGACAUUGGAAGGCUUCAUCACUUGGUUAUUGCAGAUGUUCCAGAAGGUCUAUUCCAAAUAGAUGUGUUCUUCAAUGUUACAUUUCUAAGCUUAAAGGAGCAUGAUUUUUCUCCUGAUGAUCAUGAUAUUCCAACAUUUUACAAUUUGACCCAUCUGGAAGUUGAUUUAUUUACUCUGAAUGGGUGGGUCAAUAUGGUCAGCUGUCUCCCAAGUUUCCCCAAGCUUGAAACUUUCAUAAUUCGUGAGCAAGAUUUUAUGGGGGUGGAUUGGUCAAUGGAACCAAGUCCUGAUGAAGUUCCUCCAUGCGUGUCAUCUCACCUGAAGACUUUCGCUCUUAAGGGCUUUGAAUUCUUGAAAAGUGAGUUUCAAAUUGUAGGAUUUAUAUUGAAGCAUGCAAUAGUAUUGAGGCCUGUGAUCAUUACGACUGAAGAUUAUGAUUAUCCAAGCCCAGAGGCUGGGAGACAGGAAUUGCUGGGGAUAUUAUCGUCAUACCCCAAACGUUCCCGGAGUUGUAAGCUUUUUGUAGAUGUUCCUGCCAAAACCAUAUAUCAGAAGGUGUAUAAUAAAUUAGUUGAAGAAAAGGAUUUCAGUUACUACUUCGAAUUUUAG